AUGGACAAACAUGUAUUGUCAGUUCCAUAUAGAUCUCAGUUGGCAACACCUGAAUUAUCACCAAGCACAGAGGGAUGUAUUGUCCCGCUAAUAGACCAAGUCAAUGAUUCUCCAAUUGAAGUUUGUUAUGCUGAUUUAGUUAUUCAACUACGGGAUAAAGUUUCACAAUUACAAACUACAGUGGAGACGCUUGGCCAGAGAAUCAUUCAUCUUGAAAGGGGAAAUGCUCUAACUCUACCGGACUCGCAGCGGGUCAGCUUGGUUAGAAACUACCCAGAAGAGUCAAGAUUGUCAGACGAAAUAGGCGAUAUGCAAAUGAGACAUCAAGUGGCACUGCUGCCCCAACUUAACACACAUGUCCUCAAUCCACCUCAAUCACCAGUUAAACAACCAAAGAAGAUAUUAGAACGAAUAAGGUACUUUGAGGUACUCAAUCAAACCCAACAGGCAUUAAACAACAAACAUCAAUUCAAGAGCGCCCAUUUAAAACUGUAUCAUUCAUCGACAACGCCAACCACAUACAACGCGCAAGCACCUAAGAAAGUAGUGGCAAAAUUGACCACCAAAGAGACAGUUGUCCGUGAUGUCAGUCCUAAGAAUGCACAUCCAGCUAAAGAGGAUAGACUAGAAAAGUUAGAACUUGCAGUUGAGGCAUUGAAGCAUAGCUUGUCCCAGUUGAAUCUAGGGGAAUGUAACAUAGACGCAGAACCACAACAAGAACCAGUGCUUCGUGUUAGAGUCAAUCGAGUCCAACCAAUGGAAGAGCCCAACAUCAAUGGCUCACAGGCCGAUCACGCAAAUCAGCCAGUAGAGGACAAAUCGAAUUGUAAAUUCUACUCCAAAGAUUCGGUUGGUGCUGUUCUCAAAAUGUCAAUCACGAGUAACUCACACAUAGGUAAAACAUCCAUAAACCAGGUGGACCAAAUCCAACCAUUUCGUCCACAAAGGGGAGUUACACGACAAAGAACGAUAUGUACCACAAAUGAAAGCAAAUACAAGUGUCCUACUUGUAAGGUACCCUAUUGUUCAUUAGCAUGUUACAAAUCAGAAAGUCACAAACACGAUGAGGUUACCACUAGUAAGCCCCCAUCGAUACCGCUUCCAUCAUCAGUGCAACAAAUUGGCGAACCAGGAAGCAAAUUCGACAAGCUACUCCAAGAUGAUAAACUCCAAUAUCUACUAAAACAACCUGCUUUGCAAUUCCAUCUUCUUUCGAUUCUCACGAUACUACAGGAUGGAUUCAUCAAUAAUCUCAAUCAAGAACAAAAAUUAGAAGUCAUGAAUCUCAAAUUGAACGAUUUACGAAAAGGCGGUGUCGAACAAAAUGAACUAGUGGAGGAGUUUGUACAGCGAGUGUUGGAGCUAGAAGAAGAAUAA